AUGCCCGCUGGUGGACUCUCGAAGAGUAUGCAGGAAAUGGUGAAGAAUGCAGUGAGUGAGAUGCGCCGCUAUUACAGUCGAAAAGUGGUUGAUGUACUUAUAAAGGUCACUAGGAGAACACUUGAUCUUAUUAUCAAACAAUUCACUACUGAUGUCAACGCUAUCGAAGAUUUACAAAAGAAACCGAUAUUCUUAUUACAUGCAUCUUUAAUGAUACCUAAUGUAUCUGUGACACCAACUCUUGAUGAUAUCCAAGAAGUGUUACUUCUGGCUGGGAAGCAUAUAUCUGGCCUUUCGAAAGGCGUAGCUCAAUGGACUGGUGGAAAAACAUCAAGGGUGAGCUGGAAGAAAAUCGCUCGUCCUCCAUCGAACCCGCUGUUAGACGUUGUUACCAAGCUUGACGAACAGGUCCAAUCAGUCACGACCCCACCGGCCGCUCUGAAGUCCACGAAAAUGGUUGACAUGGCCAAGAUGAAAAGGAAGAAGCAUUACAGACUAGAAUCUGAGGAGAAACCACAAUUUCCAUUCCAACAAAAGAACUUCUAUAGUUACGUUAUGGAGAACAAGGAAAUCAUAAAGACCCUGACUUUAUUGUCAAUGUGUUCAGCAAAUGUGAAAACGGAAGUGAAUACGUUGGUAAAACGUUGGCGCCCAUACCAUUACUUAUGGAAAUGUGAGAAAACUCUUCGCCAGCUACUAGCAUGGAAUUUGAACGAUUUUGAAAUCUCAUUGAAGCGUCACAGUGAACUGGAAGCUAAACUUGAACUAGAACCCGAUUUCCUGAUCAUUGGAAACUGUCUUGCUGUUUCGACUGAGAAAUUAAAGUUAGGAUUAACAACAGAAUUAAAAAAUGGUACACACAGAAUAAGUCAGGCUAUGCGCAAAAAAUAUAAGCGAGAAAUGGACUACGUUUACGCUAUUAUGAAUGAUUUGGACCGUAAAUUAGAACGACCUAUAAGAGACCUGGAUGACGUCAGAACUGUCAUGGAAACUCUUAAAAAAAUUAGAGAGCAAGAAGUUGAUAUGGAAUUGAGAAUAGAUCCUGUUGAGGAAGCAUUCAACAUAAUAACCCGAUACGAGUUGCCUGUCAGCAAAGAAGAUCUGGAACAGGUUGAUAACCUUCGCUACACAUGGCAGCAGCUCCAAGCUAGGGCUUUAGCAUCACACUUCACAUUGUUGAAGAUGCAACCCCAGCUUGAGGAUGAUCUGAACAGUAAUUUGGAUAAGUUUAGAGAAGAUAAUUCGGAGUAUGUCCAUGAAUACCGUUAUGCGGGUCCAAUGCAACCAGGGUUGAGUCCUAGAGAGGCAUCAGAUCGACUGAUAUUAUUUCAGAAUCGCUUCGACGGUAUGUGGCGUAAACUUCAAACUUACCAAAAUGGUGAGGAACUUUUCGGUUUACCACACACCGAGUAUCCAGAAUUGGCUCAAAUAAGAAAGGAACUGAACCUUCUGCAGAAACUGUAUAAACUAUACAAUGAUGUCAUAGACAGAGUCAGCAGUUACUAUGAUAUUCCUUGGGGAGAGGUAAAUAUUGAAGAAAUUAAUAAUGAGCUCAUGGAGUUCCAGAACAGAUGUAGGAAAUUGCCGAAAGGACUUAAAGAAUGGCCAGCAUUCUUCGCUUUAAAGAAGACUAUUGAUGACUUUAACGACAUGUGUCCACUCUUGGAGUUAAUGGCUAACAAGGCAAUGAAACCACGUCACUGGCAACGUAUCAUGGAAGUCACCAAAUACAAUUUUGAAUUGGAUAACGAAGACUUUUGCUUGAAAAAUAUUCUAGAAGCCCCUCUUCUAGCUAAUAAAGAAGACAUUGAGGACAUUUGCAUAUCUGCAAUGAAGGAGAAAGAUAUAGAAGGGAAAUUGAGAGGUGUUACUAAUGAAUGGUCGGUUCACGAAUUAACGUUUCAAACAUUUAAUAAUCGCGGUGAACUGCUACUGCGAGGGGAUACUACUGCUGAGACCAUCGGACAACUAGAAGACAGCUUGAUGAUAUUGGGCUCCUUGCUUUCUAACCGAUACAAUGCUCCGUUCCGUAAACAAAUUCAACAAUGGCUAUACGAUCUUCAGAGUACUAACGAGAUUCUUGAAAGAUGGCUUCUUGUCCAAAACAUGUGGGUUUACCUAGAAGCAGUGUUUGUUGGAGGUGACAUCGCCAAACAACUACCAAAAGAAGCUAAAAGAUUCUCUAAAAUAGACAAGUCCUGGCAAAAAAUUAUGCAAAGAGCCCAUGAAACACCCGGUGUAGUAUCCUGUUGUGUGGGUGACGAUCUGCUCAGACAGCUGCUUCCACAUCUUCAAGAACAGCUAGAACUGUGCCAGAAAAGCCUCAGUGGAUAUUUAGAACGGAAAAGAACAAUGUUCCCAAGAUUUUUCUUUGUGUCAGAUCCUGCUUUGUUAGAAAUUUUGGGUCAAGCGUCAGACUCACAUACCAUACAAAACCACCUUCUAUCUAUAUUUGAUAAUAUUAGAUACGUUAAAUUUCAUGAUAUUGAAUACAACAAGAUGAUAGCUAUAGUGUCUUCAGAAGGAGAAGAGAUAAAACUAGAACGUCCUGUACGAGCCGAGGGUUCUGUGGAGACUUGGCUCACUUCUCUGUUACAAUCAGCUCAGGGUAGCUUGCAUUCCAUCAUUAGAAAUGCUGUAACAGUACUCAAUGAUCCAGCAUUUAACCUACUUCUCUUUUUAGAUAAAAUGCCCGCACAGAUCGGCCUUUUGGGGAUUCAGAUAAUAUGGACAAGAGACGCAGAAUUAGCAUUAAUGCAAGCUCGACAAGACAAAAAAAUAAUGAUGGAAACCAACAAUAAGUUUUUAGAGUUACUUAAUACACUAAUCGACCAAACGACAAGGAAUUUAUUAAAAAUUGAAAGAAUCAAAUUUGAAACUUUGAUUACAAUUCAUGUUCAUCAAAGAGAUAUUUUCGACAUGCUGUGUCGUCUGAACGUGCGCUCGGCUAACGACUUCGAAUGGCUGAAACAAUGCAGGUUCUACUUUAAGGAGGAUGCUGAUAAAACUUGGAUAUCGGUCACUGAUGUUACGUUUACUUACCAAAAUGAAUACUUGGGUUGCACGGAUAGGCUUGUGAUUACGCCUCUAACAGACAGGUGCUACAUCACGCUCGCUCAAGCCCUUGCUAUGAGUAUGGGGGGAGCUCCCUGUGGGCCUGCCGGUACCGGUAAGACGGAGACAGUCAAGGACAUGGGCAAGACUCUGGCCAAGUACGUCGUAGUUUUCAACUGCUCCGAUCAGAUGGAUUACAGGGGCUUGGGGCGUAUCUAUAAAGGUCUGGCUCAAUCAGGGUCCUGGGGGUGUUUCGACGAGUUCAACCGAAUUGAGCUGCCAGUACUUUCGGUCGCUGCACAGCAGGUUGCAGUAGUGCUUUCUGCUAAAAAAGAAAAGAAAAAGACUUUCGUAUUCACCGACGGCGAUACUUCGGAAAUGUGCCCUGAGUUUGGAAUAUUCAUCACUAUGAAUCCUGGAUACGCAGGACGCAAAGAGCUACCUGAAAACUUAAAAAUUCAAUUCCGUACAGUAGCUAUGAUGGUACCUGAUAGGCAGAUUAUCAUCAGGGUGAAGCUAGCGUCUUGUGGCUUCUUAGAAAACAUCACUUUAGCCAGAAAAUUCUAUACGCUUUACAAGCUGUGUGAAGAACAAUUGACGAAACAGGUACAUUAUGAUUUCGGUCUCCGUAACAUUCUCUCCGUACUUCGAACCCUCGGUGCAGUAAAGCGAGUCAACAAUAAGGACAACGAGAGUACUAUUGUCAUGAGAGUCCUUCGAGAUAUGAAUCUUUCCAAGCUGAUAGAUGAAGAUGAACCUCUUUUCAUAUCUUUGGUAGCAGACUUGUUCCCGAAUCAAGCACUAGAGAAAACUACGUAUAAUGACUUGGAGGAAGCAAUUAAGAAGCAAGUUGAUUUACUUGGCCUCAUUUCUCAUCCACCUUGGUUGUUGAAGAUUAUUCAGCUGUACGAGACUCAGCGCGUACGUCAUGGUAUAAUGACGCUGGGGCCUCCGGGCGCCGGUAAGACAACCUGCAUACAGACUCUCAUGAGCGCUCUCACUGAAAUUGAGAACCCGCACAGAGAAAUGCGGAUGAACCCAAAAGCUAUAACAGCUGCACAGAUGUUUGGUCGGUUAGAUGUCGCUACAAAUGACUGGACCGAUGGAAUUUUCUCAGCUCUUUGGCGUAAAACACUCAAGAUUCGUACCGGAGAACAUAUUUGGUUAGUGCUAGACGGUCCGGUUGACAGUAUAUGGAUUGAAAAUCUGAACUCAGUUCUUGAUGACAACAAAACUUUAACUUUGGCGAAUGGGGACCGCCUGACGAUGUCACCAACUUCAAAAAUUAUAUUUGAACCAGAAAAUAUUGACAACGCCUCUCCUGCUACCGUCUCUAGAAAUGGCAUGGUGUACAUGAGUUCUUCAGGAUUAACUUGGGACCCAGUGCUGCGAGCUUGGCUCAAGACUAGAUCGCCCCGAGAGAAUGAAAUUUACACUCCACUUUUUGAAGAGACAUUCCCCAUCACUUACACAUGGUGCACACAAAACCUCACAUUUAGCAUGCGCGUACUACAGAGUAAUAUUAUAGCACAAAUAUUGAACCUUUUGGAAGGAUUAGUACCUCCACAAAUAGUUGAAUCUGAAGACCCCUCAGGCAAUAAGUCGCUUAAUGGUGACGAGGACGAGGAAGAAAAAGAUAAAGGCGAGGAAAUCAUAUUAUUCACCCCCGAGCACCUUCAUAAAGUAUACGUGUUUAGUCUCAUUUGGGGAUUUGGAUCACUAUUAGAGACAGAAGAUAGAACACGAUUUGAUGGUUACUUACGAAAAAAGUUUAGUGAAACUUUAGACUUCCCGAAACAUCCAAACAAUAAACCAUGUAUUGCGUUUGAUUUUUAUGUAAAACAUCCUGGUAAGUGGGAAUUGUGGGAUGAUUUGAUGAUGCAUUACCAGUAUCCUGAUACAGCAACACCUGACUACGCGAGCAUACUUGUUCCAAUCGUCGAUAAUGUUAGAAUUAAUUACUUGAUUCACUGUAUCGCUAAACAAGGAAAAGCAGUGCUUUUAUUAGGAGAGCAAGGUUCUGCUAAAACUGUGAUGAUGAAGGCGUAUAUGAAGAAUUGCAACCCCGAACAAUUUAUUGGACGCUCGUUUAACUUUUCAUCAGCAACAAGCCCUUAUCAGUUCCAAAAAACUAUAGAAAGCUAUGUUGAAAAACGCAGUGGCAUGACAUUUGGGCCGCCCGGCGGAAAGAAAAUGCUGGUUUUUAUAGAUGACAUAAACUUACCUCAGAUAAAUGAAUGGGGUGAUCAAAUAACAAAUGAAAUUGUAAGGCAGACUAUGAGUAUGAAUGGUUUUUAUAGUCUUGAGAAACCUGGCGACUUCACUACUGUUAUAGAUAUACUGUUUCUUGCUGCUAUGGGUCAACCCGGUGGUGGAAGAAACGACAUCCCAGCUCGAUUAAAACGACAAUUUUCUAUAUUCAACUGUCCAUUGCCAAAUAAUGAUUCAAUUGAUAAAAUCUUCAAAGUCAUUGGUGAAGGUCAUUAUAACGCAAAACGAGGCUUUACUGCCGAAGUCAGAUCACUGAUAAAGAAAGUUAUACCUUUAACAAGAGAACUCUGGGCGAGGACUAGAGCUAACUUGUUGCCUACACCUGCCAAGUUUCACUAUGUAUUCUCUUUGAGGGACCUCUCUAGAGUAUGGCAAGGUAUGGUGGGGACACUACCUACGGUGAUAGAGUCUGAAAAAUGUUUGAUGCUUUUGUGGAAACACGAAUUUUCGAGAGUAUUUUCCGACCGAUUCACGCAUGAAAAGGACAAGGAGUGGUUCAACAAAGCUAUGUAUGAUAUCACUGAAGAGGUGCUCGGUACAGAAUAUAAGAAGAUGAUGCUAGAUAAAGAACCUGUGUUCGUAGAUUUUAUGAGAGAUGCUCCGGAACCUACGGGCGAAGAAGGCGAAGAUACCGAUAUGGAGUUACCUAAAGUAUAUGAGCCUGUGUUUGACUAUGCCGAACUCCGCGAACGUUUAGACAUGUUUCUCGCUCAGUUUAAUGAAAUGGUGCGGGGUUCAGGCAUGGAUCUAGUAUUCUUUCCUGAUGCUAUGCUUCAUUUAGUAAAAAUAUCCCGAGUUAUAAGACACCCAAGAGGAAAUGUAAUGCUAGUAGGCGUCGGUGGCUCUGGAAAGCAAUCGUUGACCAAGUUAUCUACAUUUAUAGCCGGAUAUCGUUCAUUCCAAAUAGCAUUGACUAGGUCUUAUAACGUUAGCAACUUUCUUGAAGAUCUGAAGCUACUUUACAGAUCAUGUGGCGUUCAAGGAAAAGGUACUACAUUCAUAUUCACAGAUUUAGAUAUUAAAGAGGAAGGAUUUUUGGAGUAUUUGAAUAAUAUUCUUUCGUCUGGCGUUAUAUCAAAUUUAUUUACUAAAGACGAGCAACAAGAAAUUAUUUCUGAGUUAACACCAAUCAUGAAACGUGAAAAUCAGAAGAGAACGUUAACUAACGAACUUGUGAUGGAAUAUUUUUUGAACAGAACUUGUCAAAAUCUUCAUGUUGUAUUGUGUUUCUCACCGGUCAGUGAAGCCUUCAGAUACCGUGCUAUGCGUUUCCCUGCCCUUAUUUCUGGAUGUACAAUAGAUUGGUUUCAGCCUUGGCCUAAAGAUGCGUUAGUUUCAGUAGCUGAUCACUUUUUAGCAGAAUUUGAAAUUGAAUGUACAAAAGAAGUUAAAAAAGAACUUGUAACUGUUUUGGGAACAAUACAAGAUGUGGUAUCCCAGGUCUCAGUAGAAUAUUAUCAAAGGUUUAGACGUUCUUCUCAUGUCACGCCUAAAUCAUACCUCAAUUUUAUCGGGGGAUAUAAAACAAUUUAUCAGAUGAAGCAGAAAGAAUUAGGCGAUGGUGCUUUGAGAAUGGACACUGGCUUAGAAAAACUACGAGAAGCAUCCAUAUCAGUGGAAGUUUUGAAAAAAGAUUUGGCUGUAAUGGAGCAAGAUUUAGCUUUAGCUUCAGAAAAAGCAGGCCGUGUAUUGGCUGAAGUAACAGAUAGAGCAAUGCAAGCUGAAAUUGUUAAAAAUCAAGUGCAAAUUGUAAAAGAAAAAGCAGAAGCACUAGUCGCGUAUAUUGCUGAGGAAAAAGAAAAAGCUGAAAUAAAGUUAGAAGCUGCAAAACCGGCUUUGGAAGAAGCUGAAGCCGCCUUGAAUACUAUAAAACCGGCUCAUAUAGCUACAGUCCGAAAGUUGGGUAGGCCUCCACAUCUUAUUAUGAGAAUUAUGGACUGUGUACUUAUUUUAUUUCAACGAAGACUGCAUCCUGUUAUAUCCGAUACAGCAGCACCUUGUCCUAAACCGUCUUGGGCUGAAUCUCUAAAGAUGAUGGCCAGUACUACAUUUUUAUUACAACUGCAAAACUAUCCUAAAGAUAUUAUAAAUAAUGAAAUGGUGGAACACUUAACUCCUUAUUUUGAAAUGGAAGAUUACAAUAUGGACACAGCGAAACGAGUUUGCGGUGAUGUUGCUGGUUUAUUAUCAUGGACUAAAGCCAUGGCUUUCUUCCAUAGCGUUAAUAAGGAAGUUUUACCUUUAAAAGCAAAUCUGUUGUUGCAAGAAGCGAGGUUAAAGGUAGCCAUGGAUGACUUAGCAUCGGCCGAAAGACAAUUGGAAGAACGAGAAAUGUCUCUAAGAAAAGUUAAAGAGCAAUAUGAAUCAGCAGUUUCUGAAAAACAGCAAUUAACAGAUGCAGCUAAUGUAUGCUUACGAAAAAUGACAGCUGCUACAGCGCUCAUAAAUGGUUUAGGUGGUGAAAAGAUAAGAUGGACCCAACAAAGUAAAGACUUUAAAGAACAACUUGGUAGACUUGUGGGUGAUGUGGUUUUAGCAACUGGAUUUUUGUCAUAUUGCGGACCUUACAACCAGGAAUUCAGAAAUAGUUUACUUAGUACGUGGAUGGGAAUACUAACUAGUAAACAAAUACCUGUCACACAAGAUUUGAAUAUUACCAAUAUGUUAGUGGAAAGUGCUACUAUAUCAGAAUGGACUCUACAAGGUCUACCAAAUGAUGAGUUGUCAGUUCAGAAUGCUUUAAUUGUAACAAAAUCAAGUUCUUAUCCACUGUUAGUCGAUCCUCAAAGUCAAGGUAAGAAUUGGAUCAAAAAUAAAGAAAGUUCAAAUGAACUUCAGAUUACAUCUCUGAAUCACAAAUACUUCAGAACUCACUUGGAAGAUAGUUUAUCCCUUGGACGACCUCUUCUGAUAGAAGACGUUGCUGUAGAAUUGGAUCCAGUUAUCGAUAAUGUUCUAGAAAAGAAUUUUAUUAAAUCAGGUUCCAUUGAAAAGGUAAUUGUUGGUGAUAAAGAAUGUGACGUAAUGCCAGGAUUUAUGCUGUACAUAACAACUAAACUUCCUAAUCCUGCUUAUUCACCUGAAAUUAGUGCUAAAACAUCUAUAAUUGAUUUUACUGUAACUAUGCGGGGUUUAGAAGAUCAGCUGCUCGGUAGAGUAAUAUUAAUGGAGAAGUCUGAUUUAGAGGAAGAAAGAGUUGCCUUAUUUGAGUCUGUUAUGAAAAACCAAAGGAGUAUGAAAGAACUAGAAAGCAAUUUACUUUGUCGAUUAACUUCAUCUGAAGGUUCAUUAGUAGACGAUGAAGCUUUAAUUCAAGUAUUACAAAUUACCAAAACGACAGCUGAAGAAGUAAAUGAAAAACUCAAAGUAGCAGAAGUAACAGAGAAAAAAAUUGUUAAAGCUCGAGAAGAGUUCAGAGCAGUAGCAGCCAGAGGGUCUAUCCUAUACUUUUUAAUCGUUGAAAUGAGUAAUGUAAAUCUCAUGUACCAGAAUUCGUUGAAACAAUUUUUAAACAUAUUUGACAACUCUAUCACUAAGUCCACAAAAAGUAAUGUUACCGAAGAACGAAUAAAUAUUAUACUUAAAUACUUGACGCAUGAAGUAUGGGCGUUUACACUGCGCAGUUUAUACGAAAGACAUAAGGCCUUAUUUACCUUAAUGUUGGGGAUGAAAAUUGAUUGUCAACGUGGUUUGAUAUCUCAUGAUGAAUUUAUGGCAUUCAUCAAAGGUGGAGCAUCGUUAGAUUUAAACGCUGUCACUCCUAAACCUUUUAGGUGGAUCCUGGAUAUCACUUGGUUGAAUCUUGUUGAAAUUAGUAAAUUAAAAACUUUUAAUGAUGUCCUUACUAGGAUAACGUCCAAUGAGAAAGAGUGGCGAGUGUGGUAUGAAAAGGCAAAGCCUGAAGAAGAACCGUUUCCUAGUGGUUAUCAAGAAAGUCUUGAUGUAUUCAGAAAACUAUUACUUAUUAGGUCUUGGAGUCCUGAUAGAACCUUAUCACAAGCAAGAAAGUAUAUUGUUGAUUCUCUGGGGCCUGAAUAUGGUGAAGGAUGUAUUCUCAACUUAGAAACCACCUGGGAGGAAUCAGAACCACGAACACCACUUAUAUGUAUUUUGUCUAUAGGAUCUGAUCCAUCAGCGCAAAUAGCAGCUCUAGCGAAAGCUAAAGAAAUCGUAUUGAAAUCUGUAUCCAUGGGACAAGGUCAAGAAAUAGUGGCGAGGCAAAUGAUCUCUGAUUCAAUGAAUGAAGGAGGUUGGGUACUGCUACAGAAUAUACACCUGUCACUUCCAUUCUGCGUUGAAGCUAUGGAUGCACUUAUUGAAACUGAGCAUAUUCAGGAAUCGUUUAGACUUUGGCUUACGACAGAAGUUCAUACUGAAUUUCCGAUAGGCCUACUACAAAUGGCAAUAAAGUUCACUAACGAACCUCCACAAGGGAUCAGAGCUAGUAUGAAAAGGACAUAUCAGAAUAUAACACAAGAUUCUCUAGAUUAUUCUUCAUUGUCACAGUGGCCACCACUUCUUUACGCUGUAGCCUUUUUACACACUAUUGUACAAGAAAGAAGGAAGUUUGGUCCUUUGGGCUGGAACAUCCCGUACGAAUUCAAUCAAUCUGAUUAUGCUUCCAGUGUUCAAUUUGUCCAAAACCAUUUAGAUGAAAUCGAUCCUAAGAAAGGUAUAUCAUGGCCCACAAUAUGCUAUAUGCUUGGAGAGGUCAUGUAUGGUGGUCGAGUUACUGACGACUUUGAUAAACGCUUAUUAACUACAUUCACCAACGUGUGGUUUUGUGAUGUUUUGUUACGUCCUGGUUUCGAAUUUUACAAAGGUUAUAAAGUACCUACUACAAGGAAUAUUCAAGGAUAUGUAGAUUAUAUUAAUCAGCUACCUCUCACUGACACACCUGAAGUAUUUGGUCUGCACGGCAAUGCCGAUAUCACAUAUCAGAUAAAUAGUGCUAAGGAUAUUUUGGAUACCAUCUUAAGUGUACAACCAAAAGAAGGUGGAAGUCAAGGCGGGGAGACCAGAGAAAGCAUCGUGUACCGUUUGGCUGAAGAUAUGUUAGAAAAGUUACCAAAACAAUACAUUAGCUUUGAAGUCAGAGAAGCACUUCAAAAGAUGGGCGCAUUUCUCCCUAUGAAUAUAUUUUUGAGGCAAGAAAUUGACAGAAUACAAAAGGUUGUGAAGACUGUCAGUUCAACAUUGUGUGAUUUGAAAUUAGCUAUAGAUGGUACCAUCGUAAUGAGUCAAGGGUUAAGAGAAUCUUUAGAUGCUAUGUACGAUGCUCGUAUCCCACAAAAAUGGCUGAAGGUGUCUUGGGAGUCUGCAACACUCGGUUUCUGGUACACGGAAUUGUUGGAACGGGAACAGCAAUACAGAGUUUGGCUUCGAAAUGGAAGACCUUCAGCGUUUUGGAUGACGGGAUUCUUCAAUCCUCAGGGCUUCCUUACAGCAAUGAGACAGGAGGUGACGCGUAGUCAUAAAGGCUGGGCUCUUGAUUCUGUAGUUCUUCAGAACCACAUCACUAAACUAAAUAGAGAAGACGUACAUGAAGGGCCAGCGGAAGGUGUUUAUGUCUAUGGACUAUUUUUAGAAGGAGCAUCUUUAGACAGAAAAACUGGAAAAUUGAUUGAGUCAAAGCCUAAAGUUUUAUACGAGCAGAUGCCUGUGAUUUAUAUAUUUGCAAUCAAUACAACAGCCGGCAAGGAUCCCAGACUCUACGAAUGUCCUAUUUAUAGAAAACCACAAAGAACCGACGCCAAAUACGUGGGUUCUAUAGAUUUUGAAACUGAUAGUAAUCCGAGACACUGGACCCUGAGGGGAGUAGCCCUUUUGUGUGAUAUUAAAUGA